ACUGAAUACCACGGCUACAGUAAGAAUGAGCGGACAUGGCUAUUCAGCGCUGUGGCCAUCGGCGCGCUGAUUUCCGUCGUGCCGACAUCUCAUGCUAUCGCUACUCUCGGAGCUCGAUAUGUAUUUUUCGCUGCUGGUAUGCUCACCACAGUAUCAACUGCUCUCAUACCCUUCGCAGCUCACAACAGUUUGUAUGCCUUUUUAUUGCUCCGGUUUUUGCAGGGUAUAGCCUGUGCGUCAUGUAUGCCCACGGUGGGAGCUGUGACAGCAGCGUGGGCUUCACUGAGGCAGCACGGACUAUUUAUGUCUACGUUGACUACUUUUGGACAAAUCAGUGCUGUAUUUGCGAUGCCCGUUUCCGGAGAGUUGUGCUCGUCUUCUCUUGGCUGGGAAUCAGUGUUCUACCUCCACUCCGUGAUCUGUUUCAUUGCUUUCGUUGGAUGGUUCUUCUUAUACACCAGCCCCGAGGCUGAAGUUCCUCUACUAGAAGCGGCCUAUCCAAACCCGCCAAACUAUACUUUCCGUGCGGAAGAAGAGGAAGUCCCAAUACCGUAUCUGGAAAUCAUGACCACUCCAAGUGUAUGGGGUGUGUGGAUAGGAGCUCUUGGUGAUUUAAUCGCUGUACAG